AUGCAAAUUCGUUGGAAGAGGGGCGGCGACGUCUGUCCUCUUCAAAAGAAGAAUGACGACGUCUUUCCUCUCUGGAAUCAGAACGACGACGUCUCUUUUCGGAAAAAAAGUCGGCGUUCUUCGGAGGAUGUGCCUAGGAUACAAGGUUCCCAAGGAUCACUGGCAAACUCGGGAGUACCAAAAAAAGAAAGUCGCCGCAGGAAUCUCCUGGGAGUUUAGUUUUCUUAUCAAGUUUUGGCUACCUUUUUAAGGUCGCUGAAAAAAAGUCCUCUUUCACCGACUAAUCGAAAACAUCUAUGACUAAAACAGAAACCACAUGAUUGAAAAAUGGGUAUCAAAGAGACGUUAUCAAGGACCUCGGCGACCUCUCUUCUUAUCGCCUCGGCCACUCAUUUGCAUGUUAUUCUCGGCACUUCUGGUCGUUUUUCUCGGCUUUGCCCAGAGUUUGGAGAAUGGGCUCGCGAGGUAAUUCAUUAUUGUUCUACGAUCAGUUUGUAUCACUGAACCCACAUUCCAACAGGAAACCGCCGAUGGGCUGGAUGUCUUGGGCGGCGUUUUAUUGCGAGACGGACUGCGACCAGCAUCCGAGGAGCUGCAUCAGCGAGUUGCUCUACGGCGACAUGGCCGAUCGGCUAGGUUUCCUCUCGUUUUACGAGUUGAUUUCCACGAUAACUCUACAACUUUCAACUGAACUUUUCUGCAGCUUCCGAGGGGUACAGGGAAGCAGGAUACGUUGGAGUCCACGUCGAUGACUGUUGGAUGGAGAGACAACGCGAUCGGAGUGGCGCUUUGGUGCCGGACAGGACUCGGUUUCCCAGCGGCCUGAAAUCUCUGGCCGAUUAUGUGGGUGUCUAACAAAUAUAUGGGUUAAUAAAAGUACUGGAGAAGUUUGAGAUAGAAAAAGGAAAUGUAGGUUUAUUUUUCGAUCUGAAAACAUGAAUGCUUAAUUUUGCUUCAGUCAGUUCAAAAUGUAAGUUUUUAGGCUCCAAAAAUUCCAACACAAUUAUUAAUUCUUUUCUAUCAAUUUUUGUUUUUGAAAUGGAUUUUUUUGUGUUUUCAUAUUUUGAUUCUUGCUUCUAAUUUUCCAGUGCUUCAGUUUGAUUCUUCAAAUUUUAAACUUACAACCAAAUUUUAGGUCUGACUUUUAUAUUGUUAGCUCCAUUUUCAAAUAAUCAGUACCAAAUUUAUUUGCUCUACUCUCAAUUUUUCAACUUUAUUGUCACUUUUCAACUCUGAAAGUUCAAAUUUUUAGAUUCAUGACAAGGGUCUGAAGUUUGGAUUGUACGAAGACUACGGUACGAAGACCUGCGAAGGCUAUCCUGGGAGUUACGGUCAUUUAAAGGUGCACAAAGUCUCUUCACAACAGCUCUCUGAGUAGUUUGAAUGCUUUGCGCUCUGAGACCAAUUCAUGCGUUCAAACUUUUUCGAGAGUUCCAGAAAGCUUUUUUGGAUUUUGAAAUUAGAAGAGUCAAAACUAAAGAAGUAUUUUAGAUAGACGCUCAAAGUUUUGCCAAUUGGACAGUCGACUAUUUGAAGCUGGACGGCUGUAACAUUGAUGUGAAUUUGAUGGAGAAAGGUAAAAUUGCGGAUUUUUUAGAAAAAAAAGGAAUUUUCAAGGAUUCCCGGAAAUGCAAGUGGAACUAAACGCCACCGGCCGUCAAAUUGUCUAUUCUUGUGUUUGGCCGCUUUAUCUACUCCCAAAACAUUCGGAGAAGGUUUCUUAUCACGAAAAUUAUUUGGAGAACAGAAAAAGGCAUUGACUCCGAUGUUCUAUCUGAAAAAAAUGCGACUUCUGGCGAUUUUAGAUAAAAGGAAGUUUGGAAUAAUUAAUGAAUUGGAGUGGUUAUAAUAGAAUGAACCCUUUAAAACUAGAAGUUUAUAUCAUUGAAAAUUUUUUCUAUUUUUUCUUCUUGCGCGGAGAGAUCGAUAGCGACCUGAAGAGACGCCAGGGAAAAAGCAAUCUCUUAUUGUCUAACUUUUCUUCAAUCCGCCUUCUUUCUUUCCCCGAAGUUCUAAUUCAGAUCGACUACAAAUACAUUGGCGACCAUUGUAACCUGUGGCGCAAUUUCGACGACGUGAAAAGCUCUUGGGACUCGAUCACAAGCAUUAUCGAUUAUUAUGACCGGAAUCAGGAGAAGCACAUCCCGACCCACGGACCUGGCCGCUGGCACGAUCCUGAUAUGGUUUGAUUUGGGAACUCCAAAACAACUGUUCUAGUUUUUGAAGGAACACAGGCAAAAUAGUUUCCACGGCUAAAUUACGUCUUGAAAUUUUCGAAAAACUUUAUUGGUUUUCCUAGAAAAUUUCUACAAACCCUCUGCCCUUUUUGAAGGAGCAAGGUCAAAAUUCGAAGAGGUCUCAUGGCGAUUUUAUGUGAACUAUUUUUUGAAAAUCUUUCUAGUUUUUUGAAGCCUUUCAAUUGAUUGAAAAUCCCGAGGCGUUGUUAAUCGACUCAUCGGAAACUAAAAACAAAAUUUUAUAUUUUUUUUUAAGCUCGUAAUCGGCAACGAGAAUAUUGACGUGAACAUGGCGACUGCGCAGAUGACCAUUUGGUAAGGAUAUCAAAUUUUUUUUUUUGACGCGGUCGAAUUCUUAAUUUUAACCGCGAAGCUUUGAGCCAUUUCACGUGCAAUCCCGCUGUUUUAAUGAGAAGUUGACCGCUUCGAAAUAAAGCUUCAAUGGUUCAUUUAAUUUUCAUAUUAGGCGUUCUUGUGCCUUUGAAAGUUUUUUCUGCGUUUUAAAAUACGAAUAUCUGAACCUUUCCUAACUUUAUGUUGCCAGGAGCAUUUGGUCAGCUCCACUGAUGAUAUCAACCGAUUUGCGAACAAUCAAGCCAGAGUUCAAGAAAAUCUUGCUCAACAAAGAUGUGAUUGCCGUUGAUCAGGACAAAAUGGGCAUUAUGGGCCGCAUGAUCGCUAAUGUCAGCUUUUUUAAUAUAGUCAAUUCACCGCUAACCCUUAUGAAGCUCAUUUCUCAUUCUCAAGUUCAUUAAACUCCCACAAUUCUCAUCAAAGAAGGAAAAAAAGUACCUGAUUGCAGUCGUCCAACGUCUUCAUCUAUCUGAAGCCGAUUUCGCCGACAGCCGACCUUCGAUCAUCUUUUGCGUUCGCCUUACUCAACCGCAACACGACUCAUCCUUUCGUGAGCCCUCUUUUUAGACUUUUGAACUGGAAAAAUUGCGUUGAUGAGAAUAAGGGAAAAAAACUUAGAAGCCCAAAAUAUUCAAUUGAUAUGAAUUUUCAAGUUUCUUAAGUUUCAAAAUUCUAAAAAUCUGAUGGCACCACUAUUAAACUUUUGAAAAAGUGACCAUGGUCUGUCGAGUUUCUUGAUAAUGUUGCUUUUGAAGUUCGAAAUUCUUGCAAAGUGCACAGAAGAGCGGACAGCUUCAAAAAUAGGAAAAGGUUUUUAAUAUUGUUUAUCAGAAUCUCCACCCGGCGAAGAUAGUCAUUUCUCAAAGUAUUUCAUAGUUUCAAGUACCAACAUUUUCUAAGCUCAAUUGAAGUCCCAAAAAAAAACUAACUUUUAGUCAGCCGAGUUUGACCUCGAGUCGGUUGGCCUCGAAGAUGCCGGCGGCUACAAAGUGACGAAUCUUUGGAGCGGCGAGGAACACGGCCGACUUCUGCCCUCGGACACCAUCAACAUGACGAUUCCGGCUUCUGGAGCCGUCAUGUUCCGCGCGGUGCUCGUCGACCUCAAGCCCAAGCACCAUAAGAUCGACCGCUUCCUGAAGUCUGGCCAGCUGCUCCAGCUCCGCAGUGCCACCACUCUCCGCAAAACCGGCAAAUCGCUCUGGUCUCGAUUGGAAAAAUUCGAAAACUGGCUCGCCAGGGUGUUUGAGAUCGACAGGAAAGUGAUUAAAAGCGAUUUUGGCUACCAUUUUUGAUCAUACUAUGCAUUUUUCUGUAUUUAACUUGUGUCCUUCGUUUUAUGCUAAUUUUUUCAAGAUGUAUGUGAAAUGAAAACUUCAAAUUGAAAAAGUAAAUAAAAAUGUUUCUCUUUUUUCUUCAAAACUCAAAUUAAUCACAGCUAUUUUUAAGUGACCACUUGAACUUCCUUUUUCGACUACUUUAUAAAUUUUGAAAACUUCUCAAGAAACACGCCCUGAAACCUUGAAUACUUCAAUUUGGAGUACGGCCACGGAACCAACAGCCCCGUGAUCCGAGUUGAAUAGAGAGUCCGCCAUGAUUCAGACGAGCCGUACAAGGAGCGGCUGACUCAACAGUCUAUGCCGGCAAAAGUAUAAAAAGUCCUAGUUUUUCAUCAAUUCCCAUUCACCACAACUCUUCGGUCCAACUUUGCAAAAAAGGAUGCGUGAAUUAUUCACAUUAAUUCCAUUUAUUUUAACCGUCAAAAGUCGGGAAAUCCCCGAAAUUUGCCGUCAUUCUGAAGCCUUCGUUGAUCGGGUUUUCGAGAACAUUACCACUGUGACUCAUACGUCUACUCUGGUAAAUUCUAAGCUUUUUUCUUUGAAAAAUGUUUUUUUAGACAAAGCAAGUGUAUUCCUACACCAGCGAGGAAGAGCCAAAGUUCGAGAAUGGUCCAUCCUACCGAGUUUUGAUUAGAAACGACAAGUUUUUCGACAAAUUUGUGAGUUAAAAAAGCUAAGGAAUGGAACUUUUUUUUGUAGGACCAAUGUUAUCUCCUUUCCGUUUUCCCUAACUGCAUCCUAAUUAUUCGCUUUUUUUUCUGAUGAUAAAGAUUUUUAAACUAACUUUUUAACAGUUGACCACUCUCAAUUGGCAUGACCUCGGCGUGACAAAGAAAGGAGAGUUCAAACUUCGCGACGUCUGCUCCAACAAACGCCUUGGUCGGAUCAUCUCCAGCGAUCCGUUCGACGUCAACGUCCUCUUCUUCUCCUUCAAUCUUUACGAACUCGAAAGGAUCCCCGGAAAAGCAGCUCCGGUAGAAGUACCGAUAACUAACGACACCGUCGUGGAAGGUUCCGGCGAGAUCAACGACGAGGUCAACGACGAGGACUACCUUUUGACUUAUCUCGAAUAA